AUGGAUCCAGAGAUGCCAGUGGCGCCAGCGCCGGCGCCGCGGGACAAGGCGGCGGCGCGCUUGCGGUGGUGGCAGGAGCUCAACCAGGUCAAGCCGGAGUUGGUGCUCCCAGCAGCUCCUGACGCAUUACAUCCAGUACAUCCUAUGCACAAGGCGGUGGCAGACAUGGCCACCGAGAGGCUGCAGCACGGCAGAGACUGGCUGGUGCGAGACUCGGACUACGCGGUGGGGGACAAGGCCCCAGCCCAUGCUGCAGUCAAGGGCCAGGUGAACCCUGCCUUCGCGCAGCUGGUCAUGGAGGUUUGCGAGCAGCGGCUGCUGGAGCAGCUGGCUGAUGUCAGGACGAUCCUUCUGAUUUUGGACACGCCCAUGUACGGCACGCUGAGUGAGCUGGCAAAGCUUGUGCCUGAAUUGCGCUACUGCCAGCAGGUGGUUAUGCCGCAGGCCGACCUUCACCACUACUUCGAGAUGAUCAGAAGCCCGGACUUCUACCCCGGCGUCCGCGCUCAGAGAAUGGACCACUGGCUUUGCGCCAACGGGGUGGUGGGCUUUCGGUGCCUGGGCGCCUUCUUGGACUACGAGUGCCGCCUCAUCGGCGCGCGCUCUGCCCGGCUCUGCCCGGCGGCGGACGUCAUGCGCUACUUCCGCCUGAAGUACCCGGCCAAGCCCAGGUCAGUGCUCGCCAUCACCGUCGGGUUGGAGGAGCCCGCGCCCAGGCACGAGGACGUGGAUGCCUUCGUGAAGGCCGAGGCCCAGCUGAACGGCUUCCGCGCCGAGCUGCGGGAGGUCUGGAAGUAUCGCAUGGCUACGUUGCUCUACGUCGUCCACGCAGAAUGA